CUGUUUCCUUGGCUCUAGCACUGAACGGCGUCUGCACAAAUACUAUCAAAUUAAUAGUGGGAAGACCGCGUCCCGAUUUCUUUUACCGCUGCUUUCCAGAUGGAGUAAUGAACUCUGAAAUGCACUGCACAGGUGAUCCAGAUCUGGUGUCUGAAGGCAGAAAAAGCUUUCCGAGUAUCCACUCUUCCUGUGUGCAGUGUCAGCGGCACCUGGCUGCCUUCUGGCUCCCGGUGUGGGCGGCAGCAGAGUUCAGAGUACGCAGCUCGGACCAGUGA